AUGCAGGCGGGAGCAGGAGGGGCUGUGGUUUCUGCCUCCGCCGGAGCCAGAGCUGCCUCUGCCCAGGGUCGGCGGGGAAGAUGCUGGGUGGGCUCCUGCUCCGGCUGCUCCUUGCCACGGCUCUGUGCCCCGGCCUCCUUGGGACAGGUACAGCCCCGCUCCCGCUCCUCCUGCUCCCUGAAGCAGGAGGACUACGCCAAGGCAGAGGCUGAUGCAUCUAAAGCCAUUGAAGCCGAUGGCCGGGACAUGAAGGCGCUGUUCCGCCGGAGCCAGGCACUGCAGAAGCUGGGCCGCCUGGACCAGGCCGUCAGCGACCUGCAGCGGUGCGUGAGCCUGGAGCCUAAGAACAAGGCCUUCCAGGAGGCCUUGCGUGCCCUGGGGAGCACCAUGCAUGAGAAGAUGAAGACUAUGUCCUGUACGGACUCGAAGGUAGAGCAGAUGUUCCAGAUCUUGCUGGAUCCUGAAGAAAAGGAUGCGGACAAGCAGCAAAAGGCUGCGCAGAACCUGAUUGUGCUGGCGCGAGAGGAGGCCGGAGCAGAGAAAAUCUUCCAAAGCGAUGGCGUGCGGCUGCUGACGCAGCUGCUCGACACGGCCAAGGCUGACCUGAUGCUGGCGGCCCUGCGCACCCUGGUGGGGCUCUGCUCCGGGCACCGCUCCCGGACCAUGGCCAUCCUGGCGGAGCUGGGGGCCCCUCGUCUCUCGGCGGUGCUGGGUGUGGAGCACGAGCAGGUUUCCCUGGCUGCCUGCAACCUCCUGCACGUGAUGUUCGAUUCCCUGAAGGAGGGGCUGCAGAAGGAUUUCCGUGGCAAGGAGGAUGCGGUGGUGCUGGAUUCCUCCAAGGACCUGAAACUGCUGAUCAAGCACCUCCUGGAGCUGCUAGCACUGGAAGGGGCCUCUGCGCACGGCCGCGACAACGCCCUCAACCUGCUCAUCAAGGUGGUGCCCAGGAAGUCACCGAAGGAGACCAACAACAGCAUGAGCCUCUGGGUGAUCGACCAGGGCCUGAAGAAGAUCCUGGAGGUAGGAAGUACAGUGUGCGGCGCCCCGGGCAGCCUGCCCGUGACGGAGAACAGCCGGAUGAGCGCCUCGGUUCUGCUGAGCAAACUUUACGAUGACCUGAAAUGCGAUGCCGAGAGGGAGAACUUCCACCACUUGUGCGAGGACUACGUGAGGAGCUGGUUCGAGGGGCACGAGCUGGCUGGGAAGCUGCGGGCCAUCCAGACGGUGUCGUGCCUGCUGCAGGGCCCCUCGGAUGCUGGGAACAGGGUGCUGGAGCUGGAGGGGAUCAUGGACAGCGUGCUGUCCCUCUGCGCCUCCGUCUGCGAGGCCCACCAGCUGGUAGCGGUGGAGGCGCUGAUCCACGCUGCCGACAAGGCCAAGCGUGCCUCCUUCAUCACCGCCAACGGCGUCAGCCUGCUCAAGGAGAUCUAUAAGCACAGCGAGAGGGACAGCAUCCGCAUCCGGGCACUGGUGGGGCUCUGCAAGCUGGGAUCCGCUGGAGGCACCGACUUCAGCAUGAAGCAGUUUGCCGAGGGCUCCACGAUGAAAUUGGCCAAGCAGUGCCGCAAGUGGCUCUGCAACGAGACGAUCGAUGCGGGCACGCGGCGCUGGGCGGUGGAGGGCCUGGCCUACCUCACCUUCGAUGCGGAUGUCAAGGAGGAGUUUGUGGAGGACAAGGCAGCGAUGCAGGCCAUGUUCCAGCUGGCCAAGUCGGAGGACAGGAGCGUGCUCUAUGCGGUUGCCUCCACGCUAGUGAACUGCACCAACAGCUACGACCACGAGGAGCCGGACCCCCAGAUGCUGGAGCUGGCCAAGUACGCCAAGCAGCACAUUCCGGAGCAGCACCCCAAGGACAAGCCGGAGUUUGUGAAGCGCCGGGUGCGGAAGCUGCUAACAGCUGGUGUGGUGUCGGCUCUGGCCUGCAUGGUGAAGAGCGAGAACCCGGCGCUCACUAACUCCUGCCGGGAGCUGAUCUCCAGGGUGUUCCUGGCGCUGGUGGAGGAGGCGGAGGACCGGGGCGGUGUGGUUGCGCAGGGAGGAGGCAAGGCUCUCAUCCCGCUGUCCCUGGAGGGCACCGAGGUGGGGCAGACCAAGGCAGCUCAGGCCCUGGCAAAGAUCACCAUCACCUCCAACCCGGAGAUGGCCUUCCCCGGAGAGCGGAUCUACGAGGUGGUCCGGCCCUUGGUGAGCCUUCUGCACCUUCAGCGCACAGGCCUGGAGAACUUCGAGGGGCUGAUGGCGUUAACCAACCUGGCUGGCAUCAGCGAGAGGCUGCGGCAGAAGAUCCUGAAGGAGAAGGCCGUGCCGAUGAUUGAGGGGUACAUGUUUGAGGAGCAUGAGCUGAUCCGGCUGGCUGCGACGGAGUGCAUGUGCAACAUGGCCAUGAGCAAGGAGGUGAGGGGCAGCGACCGGCUGAAGCUGAUGGUGCUGUACAGCGGGGAGGAGGACGAGAAGCUGCGGCGGGCAGCCUCAGGGACCCUGGCCAUGCUGACCGCCCUGCACCCCCCCAUCUGCAAGCGGAUCCCCCAGGUGACGGUGCACUGGCUGGAGAUCCUGCAGGCCCUGCUGCUGAGCCCCAGCGCCGAGCUGCAGCACCGCGGGGCCGUGGUGGUGAUGAACAUGAUGGCGGCCGAGCGGGAGGUGGCGGAGCAGCUCAUCGCCAGCGAGAUGCUGGAGAUCCUCUCGGUGCUCGCCAAGGAGAAGGACAAGCCGCGGGUGGCCCAGGCGGCCACGGAGAGCCUGGCGCAGGCGGUGGCCUACGGCCUCAUCAAGCCCAACCCCGGCCAGGAGUGA